UUUGAGUCCAAGGACAUUCUUGGCUCGGGCCGUUACGGACAAGUUGAUCGAGUUCUCAGCCUCGUCAGUUACAAGGAGUAUGCAUGGAAACGAAUCCACCGCGGUUUACCUUUUGGUCAUACAUGGACGCGAGAGACCGGUGUAGCCUAUAUCAAAGAGAUCAGCAUCCUGAAAAACCUUAGGCACAAACACGCAGUCCAACUCACCGGGACCUACACUGAUUCCUCCUAUUUCUGUUUUAUCAUGUCCCCUGUGGCUGAUAUGAAUUUAUCAACGUACCUCUCAGAGUCGCCUAUACCAACAUCUUUGGCAAAAAAAGCCACGCUUCAAACGUUCUUUGGAUGCCUUGCAUGCGCCGUCCGGUAUCUCCACGACAAAAAGGUUCGUCAUAGGGAUAUAAAGCCGCAAAAUAUCCUCGUAAAGGGGACGAACAUACUACUGACAGACUUCGGCAUUUCCAAAGAAUAUGAUGAAAUCCAGAGUGCAACAUCCGGCCCCGCAACUUUCUCGUCGCGGUACUGCGCUCCAGAGGUUUUCCUCCAAGCAUCGCGCGAUUGGUCGUCGGAUAUCUGGUCUCUGGGAUGUGUGAUUCUUGAGAUCAUU